AUGAGACGGAAGAGCGCGCUGUGUUUCCUGGGGAUCGCGGUGAUCCUGAAGAUGGAGUCUCUGGUGGCCGGCGAGGCCGAUCCAGCGAUCUUGUCCGGGCCCGAUUUAACCCACUUCCAACAGGGUCGACAAUCUCACGACCCACGACCACGUCUCUCGGCUUCUCAACAGGCUCAAAUACUCAGCGACGUUCAACAACACCAACAACGUUACAGACGACCGCCGCAAGAUGCCAGCAAACAGCAAACCGGCGGAUCGUACCCGUCCCUGGCAAAGUACAAAGUGGACCGCUCCAAACAGCAACAGAUUCAACAUCUGUUGCAGCAACAGCAGCAGGUGCAACAGCUGAUCCAACAGCAGCAGCAGAAGAUAGCGCAACAGCUGAGCAACACGAAUUACCUGGGAAACGUUCAGACCCAGCUUCAGCCACAGAAACAGCAACAAUUCAGCAGCCAGUAUCAAAGCGCCAACGGCCAGUUUCAGAAUCUUCAACAGGACCUGUCGCAGCCACUGUUCAGCGACCAGCACCAGGUGCAGUUGCAGGAGUAUCUGGAAAAGCAACGCGAGUUGGAAUUAGUGCAAAAACAAAGGCAACAACUGUUGUUGGAGCAGCAGGAACUGCAACGGCAACAAGAACUGCUGAGGAUCCAACAGCUUCAGAAACUCACGUCGACGACCUCGUUGCCCACGCCUGUCGCCUCGCCGAGCACCAUCUCCGUCAGCACCACUUCCUCCCCAGUUCUGGUGUCGCUGCCCACGGCGAGGAAGAUCACUCCCUCGGAAGCACAGCUCUUCCUGAAAGCAAUCGCCACUCAUCAGAAGAAAUACUCCACAACGCCGAUCUCGGCGCCCACGACAACAACAACGACGACGACGACGACAAGCAGGCCUGUGACGACUGUUUCGCCUAAAUACUAUCAGGAGAAAGUAACGGACAGCCCAAAUAUCCCGGAGAAUCUCCUGAGCUUGAUUCAGGAUCAGGAGAACAGAUUUGCGCAACAGGGCAAGCAAAAGCCUCAGAUCAAAGUGAUUUAUCAGACCGAGAAACCAGCGACGGAGAGAACAGCGAGUACGAAGAUCAGGUCUGCCUCUUUGGGCUCGGAACGGGAUGUGUUGCUGAAACAACUGAAGCUGGCCUUGGCUCAAUCCGUCGAGGACGAUGUCAGGAACGUUAGCACCAGAGAUAUCGUUCUUCCUAACGGAAAGAAGAUUCAAUUCAUAGACGCGCCGAGUGACCCGUCCUCCGUUAUUCCCACGAGUACCUCGAAUUUCUCGACUACCAUAGCAUUGAGCGCCCCGACGACCACUAUUAAGCCUCCGAAACUAAUCCUCGAGGAGCUAACGAAGGGUGUGCUUCCGCCAGGGGCGGAUUUCGAGGUCAUCAGGCAGAAGAGCGACGGGAAACUAGAGGAGAUCGGCAAAGCGCCGAUUCAGAGCCUCCCAGCGAAGAAGGUUACGUUUGUCGUGUUAGAGGAGCAACCUGACGGCAGCUACAAAGUCCAAGGGGUCAAAGGGAACGCGGACAAAGAGGGAGGUGACGUGGACUCUAUCGUGGAGAAGAUCAAAAAAGGGGAACUGAAAUUACCACCGAGUUCCUCAAAUCCGGCGACUGUGUCCUCGCUCGAAUCUCUGAGAACUAGCUUCAAUACUGACCUACCAUCCACGAGGAGCUCAUCGAUAUUGACUCAGAACACUGGUCCUACGACCUUUAGGCCAACCACCGCCAGGUCCACUUCUCUUUCGCCGAGGUACAUCGAAAGCAGACCCACGGAAUACUUCCCCCAUGUGACGAUCUCUCCAAAUUCAGUUUCCUCGACGGACAAAUACGUGUCGUCAGCGUCUAGUGUCGCUAGCCACGUGUUCAAUUCGCUGAGCACCGUGAACACCACCCCCGGUCUGACCCCUGUGAACCAGGACAACCGAGUCACCGCGAAAUAUUCAACCUCCACCAGGAGUCACUUCAUCCCAACGAUGGCCCCCGUCAAUGAAAUCAUUACAACGACACCGUCCUCGGUGCAGACAACUUUCCCGCAUCAUUCAACCAAUUCUUACAUUCACUUCGCCUCCAGACCGACCAGUGAAACUCCCUCGGAGCUCAGGCCAAUUUCUACUACCGCGAGACCGACCACCUUACAUAACGAAAAUAUCAUUUACCACGAGGGCUUCGAAAAGUCCACCUUCUCCCCUCCGACGGAAUUGCCUUCCGGGAAAAGUCAGGUCCACGACAGUCUGUCGACGUUGUUGAAGAGGGAGGGGCUGUUCGCCAUGACCAAAUACUUGAGACAAUCGGGCCUCGACAACGUGUUGAACGAAACCGGUCCGUACACAUUAUUCGUCCCGACAGACAAAGCUUUUAGGACACUGUUAGUGCAACUCGGAGGUCCUGAAAAAGCGGAGCAGAAGUUUCAAGAAAAUCCGAGACUCCUCAGCGGGCUCCUAUUGCAUCACGUGAUACCGGGAGCGUUCAGAAUCGAUUCUUUGCAAGACGAAAUGACCGGUGUCAGCUUGGCUGGAACGCAACUGCGAGUGAACGAAUAUGCGAUGCACGACCAUGAGUGGAACGACGUGAAGGUGACAACGAUAAAUGGUGCAAAAGUGGCACCAAACAAACGAGAUAUCGAAAUCCCUCAAGGUAUCGCCCACGCGGUGGACAGGGUCAUGUUCCCACUUCCGGUCGGCGAUUUAGUGCAAACCUUACAAGCUGAUCGCGAAAAAAGAUUCACGACCUUCUUAAAAAUGCUCUACACCUCUGGCCUCCAGGACACUCUGUCAGGGCCAAAGACGUUUACCAUUUUCGCUCCAAUGGACUCCGCUUUCGAAACAGCCACCUCGAAAGAUGGAACACCGAUUUGGACGGAUGCAGACGGUCCUGAAGCUGCGAAAACAAUCAUCUCUAGGCACGUUAUUCCGUCUACCCUUUAUACAGCGGGGAUGAGGUAUUAUCUUCAAAAGGACACGCUUCGUCCUCAGUCGCCCGUCCAUAUCCAUAAAAAUGGCGGUCGAGUACGAGUGAACGAAGCACAUGUUGUAACACAUAAUGUACCAGCAACGAAUGGGGUUUUACACGCGAUCGAUGGUGUAUUAUAAACGCGCAACAACUGUUAGAUCAUGUUUUGAAGAAUUAGUCGUUCCAACGAACAUUUCAGUCGCAGACCAACCGAAAUAUUUAAUUCGUUAAGCCAGGUACAUUCUCUAUUCAAAUCAAAAUAUAAUACAAUU